GAUAGUAUUUGUGUUUCUCAUAACUUCAGGUUGAAGAUGAGUGUACGAUAGGGGUACGAUAGUGGUUCGACGGUGGUACGAUAGGUUUGUGUUUUCUGAUAACUUGAGGUUGAAGAUGGAGGUACGAUAGGGUACGAUGUGUGCCCGAUAGUGGGAACAAAUGGUUGUGUUGUUAUAUUCCGAUGGUAUACGAUAUGAGGUACGAUUGUGCACGAUAAUGUUAUAGUUCCAGUUUUUCAUUGGUGUCCGAUAUGGUGCGAUAGUGUCCGAUAGUUGCUCGAUAGUAUAUUGCAGAAUAUAAAAUUUGAUGUUUUUUUUUGUUAUUCUAUUUAAUUGGGUAUUUAUUUGUUUUAUGCAGAACUUAAGACCUCCACAACUGAUAGUUCCAGUAGAGGAACAUUUUACGGGACGUAUCACUUGGCGCGGCAGUUGGUACUUUCCAAAGAUUAAAGCAAAAUUUAUACAGUGUGGUUUAUUGGAUAGGGUGAAGGAAUCCCCUUUCAAAUAGUUCUUCAUGGCGGAACCAUUAAAUUUUUCUGGUGCCUUAGUCCAUCAGCUGUUGUUGCACAAAUUCAGAGGGGAGAAGACUGAUGAAGUCCAGUUUUAUAUUGGGAAAAAAAGAUGUAGAUUUAGCCAAUUGGAGUUCGCUUUAGUUACUGGUUUAAAUUUUGAGGCCGGACCGUCUGAAGCUGAGAUUAAAGCGAAGACCACUUCGGAUCGGUUGAUUCUUGAGUACUUCAAUGGUCAUUCCCCAGUGAGCAUAGGGCAACUGCGCAGAACUUUUGAGAGUUGUCAAAUAGUUGAUGAUGUGUACAAGAUGGGUUUGUGCUUAUUAGUUGAGGGUGUUUUGAAAGGUCGUGAGGAGAAGUUGAUGGUUUGGACUGACAUGCUGAAGAUGGUAGACGACGUUGACUUCUUUUUCCAGUACCCGUGGGGGAAGAUAUCAUACCAGAAGUUGUUACAAACUUGUCAAAAAGACUUUGUUGAAAUGAAGAAGCAUUUACAGAAGAAGAUUGAGAAAGGAAAGACUCAGAAGGAGGCCAAGUACUCUAUUUAUGGGUAUGCUGCAGCAUUGCAGUAUUGGGCUUUUGAGUCCAUCAUUGAGUUGGGUCAGGAUUAUGCUGUGAGAUUGGGCCAAGGCAUUCCAAGAAUGAUCAACUGACAGAGCAAGGAGAAAGUAGAGAUACACAAAGAGCAACUUAUUAAGUUGUUUGCCAAAAAGUUGACAGUAUACCCCUACCUGUGUGCCCGACCUGCUGAAGAACAGUAUGUGAGGACCCUUACAGACAAUGAAGCCCCAUUGUAUGUGGACAUGGGGUUAGAGGAACUAGAGGUGGGUCCCGAUGGACAGCCUACACAGGAAGCCUUACAGAGCCAGGCUGAAAAGCUUGCUGAAAAGUUAGCUGAGCAAGCAGAAGCAGCAAAUAUUUUUAAGGAGGUUCCACCAGCUCAACCUGAGGCACCUGAGGUUCCCCCAUCAACACCUCAUGCCAGCACCUCCUCCCAAGCUGAGCAACCAGGCUACUCUAUGAUUUUGGCCAGGUUGGAAAAGGUUGAAGGGCAACAAAGUGCCCUUAUUAAAGGUCAGUCCGAGAUCUUGGAUCAAUUGCAGAAGCUGAUGACAAUGAUGGAAGAUCUUAGUAGGCCAGUUCCAGAUCCACACCCUCAGUCCACUGAAGAAGGCCCUCAGUCUCCUGUAGAUGAAGACAUUCUCCCUAACGAUUACAGACCUGAUGAUGUAGAUGAUCACAUUUUUCGCACACCAGAGGAUAUGCAAAUUACUGUAAUCAGAGAUACUGAAGAUUCUGAAGUACAAUUCUUAAACAUAGCUCCACCAGCACCGGAGAAGAGGAGAGAAAGAAAGAGGCCUAGGUGGUUCGAUGGGUACACUGCAAUGAGGAAAAGGAAUAAGAAAUCGAAGACAGCAGUGAAUGUGGAUCCAUUGAGGGUUGUUGAUGGUAAAUUACUUAUGACCUUUCACAAGUGGUUGCUUGGCACCAUUGGGAAUAAAUAUCCGAGGGAAUGCUUCUCAGGGACACACGAUGCUGCUUGGUUCCUGAAACUGCAUACUCCGAGGACAUGGCUUUCUGACUCUCAUUUAGAUGCAGCAUUAUAUCUCAUGAGGAGGCGUAUAGAAUUUUAUCCUAACGUGUACCCUCAGAAAUGUGUUGUUAUGCCUACAAUUUUUCCCGAAUCAUUGAAGGGUCGGUGGGACGCUUUUCCAGGUUCUGACUACUCUAGAUUUAGUUGGGAUGACAGUAUAUUGGACCUGGUUAGGGGUGAUGCAGUCCAGUUCUUACCGAGUUGGCAGAACAAGGAGUUCAUUUAUUUUGCCCUCUUCUUGAAAGACCAAAUGCAUUGGGUAGCUGUAGAGGCAGACCUGAAUGGGUGGAUGCUCAACAUCUUUGACUCCAGUAUUGGAUCAAUUUCCGAAAACGAUUUGAUAAGCUUGAUGGUUGACUGGUGUACCAUUUUCCCGUCGGUCUUGCAACAGUCCGGUUUAUUUGAGAACCAUGACGUUAUACUCGCGCCUCAGUUGACAGCAUCAGAGAGUCAGGUCAGACCCUUCGAUUGGAAACUCAUUCCACGUGAAUUCGUACCGCAAACAAAAUCCAGUGGCGAUUGCGGAUGUUACGUAAUUGAGCAUAUUGAACAUAAGCUUCUACAACUACCAUUUGAUAAUGUAACUGACAAUAAUAUGAAACUUUUUAGGCAAAGGUGGUGUGUAGACUUAUUCUACCAAAACUUAUGUUGAACGGUCUUAAUUUUUUUGAAUUGUAUAAUUUUUUUUAUUGCUCUUUUUGUAAUUACUACAUUUUAAUGUGCUUAAUCUUUGCAUCGUACUA